AUGUAUGGUUCUAACUAUUUUGAUUCAAGAAACAAUGCUGGAAAUUACUAUGGUAGGAACGCGUAUGUUAAUAAUAACCGAGCAGGUGGUUAUCAUGCGUCAUAUCAUCAACAAGGUUCACUUAGUAUAAACUAUAAUUAUUAUUUUUAUGAGCAGCAACAACAAUACUAUUAUGAGCAGCAACAGCAGCAACAAUAUUAUUAUGAGCUGGAGCAGCAGCGUCAUCAUUAUUAUUAUCAGCAGCAGCAAAAACAACAACGAAGGAGGCGGGUGGUAACAGUUAAUAACAAGCAACAAACCGAGUCUGAGGAUUCUAUCAAUCCUGAUGCUCCAUUGUCAGUUACUUCAUCAUCGAUAUCCUCAACAUCGUUCUCUCGUCAUGUAACAUCGUUUGACAGAAAGACGACUAACUUGGAUAGAUUUCUUCGGUCUGUUACUCCCAUCAUUUCUUCACGAAAAAUGACUAAGAUGAAACUAAAGGAGGAAGCUGGUGGAACGCGACCAUAUUAUCGCAUUGGGGAUCUGUGGAAUACUUUCCAAGAAUGGAGCUGUUAUGGAACUGGGGUGCCAUUUGUGUUGUUUGGUAGAUACCCGAUUACACAGUAUUAUGUUCCCUAUUUAUCUGGUAUGCAGCUCUACAUUGAUCCACACAAAUCCGCCUACACCAGGGUCGGGGGUGUCAAUUUUGGUGCUUAA